UUAUAUAAUAUGAUAUGAUACAUGAAUACAAAUCAGCAAGCUGUUUUUGUGGAUUGUUUUUUUUUUUAGCAGGCAUUGCCAGGCCUAUAGUGGGAGAAACUUGUAUGUCUGGCACCUUUUUUACUCCUCCUUUUCUUUUUUUUGGGGGGGGGGGUAGAUGACAUUAUAAAAGCAUAAAAAUGUAAUUUUAGAAAACAGAAUACAUUUGAAAACGUUUGAAAAAAAUUACAUUUAAAAUGGAAAUAGACUUACUGGGUGUUCAUCCUACUAUCAUUACCAUAGCAAAAUUUCAUUAAACAAUAAAACUGAGCACAAAUAUUACAAUAUCAAACACGACCACAAAUCUUGCAUUUACUUAAAGGAACCAACGGCGCAACAAGUGAGAUAAAACGAAGAAAAAAAAGGCGCUCAAAGUGUUUAAAAAUAAGUUUGGGCAAGUGGAGGGAGACAAACAAAGUCAAAACUUGCUCGUGCGCCGCUUUUUUUUUGUGUUUUCAAGGCGUAUCUGACAAAAAAACAAAAAAAACGCCCUGAAUGUUGAAAGUCGCACAAAAGAGACAAAAACAAACACAACAAAUUGUGUGUCCUGUAAUUUACAUCGGACUGACAACAUGUCCCACAUCAAAGGAAAUAUUUUGCUUUUGGCUAAUAUGCGAAUAUCUGACGAGUGCAUGUAUUUCUUUAUCAUUGCAUAUAAAAGGAACUUGGAUGUUUUGUUGUUGUUUUUUGUUUUUCUUCUCCUCAGCACUUGUUGUUCGUGCAGACGUACAAAAAGAGCACACACCAACGCUGUUUGUUUAGUGCUCCAAGUGGCACGCGUCAGGUGGGCGGAGCCAAGGUGUGGCCACGCGGCCGACCGUCGGUCCGCGGCCAUUGAAAAGCGGCCGUCUCCUGUCGGCUGGUCACAGGACACACAAGACGCGACGUGGGACGCACGCACAGUGGGCGCUUGCGUCAAACCACGUGACCGGCACGCGCGAGACACGCACAGGGAAAACUUAGACCCAAUUUAGACAGAAAAACAACGAUGCCUUUUUGAGUGGGAAUUUUUUUUUUUUUUUUUGCUUCUCCCAACUUUAUUGUGCUCGUGUCAAUGUUUGUUUUGUUUUUUUUUUUCCCCGAAAUUUGCCAUUUUAAAUAUAUUCUUUUCUUUUCACGAGCGAUAAGCACAACAACGUCCAAAAUUGGAGGGAGAGGGGAGGGGUGGAAAACAAGCAUUUGCUUCUAAACAUUUAUUUAUUAAUUUUGAGGACCUCAACUUUUUUUUUUUGGGUGUUUUGGUUUCAAAAAUUGUCGGAGCGCAUCAUGGAGCUCGCUCCCCCCGCCUGCCUGUUCACCGCGCAGAGCGUCCCGCUAAGCCCGAGCGGCAAGCCGGUCCCGGUCCCGACGGCGGCGGCAUCCGCCAAGCGGGUCCGGUCCUCCUCCCCGGAGCUGCUCCGCUGCAAGCGGCGGCUGAACUUCGCCGCGUUCGGCUACUCGCUGCCCCCGCAGCAGCCGCACGCCGUGGCCCGGCGCAACGAGCGCGAGCGCAACCGGGUCAAGCUGGUCAACAACGGCUUCGCCACCCUCCGCGAGCACGUCCCCAACGGGGCGGCCAACAAGAAGAUGAGCAAAGUGGAGACCCUCCGCUCGGCCGUCGAGUACAUCCGCGCCCUGCAGCAGCUGCUGGACGAGCACGACGCCGUCAGCGCCGCCUUCCAAGCGGGCGUGCUGAGCUCGUCGCCCGGCGCGGCGCAGGCCUACUCGGCGGGGGACAUGAACUCCAUGGCCGGCUCGCCCGUGUCCUCCUACUCGUCGGACGAGGUGUCGUACGACCCCCUCAGCCCGGAGGAGCGGGAGCUCCUCGAUUUCACCAACUGGUUCUGAACUCCUACUGCCGGGU